AUGCCUCCCGCCUCCCAAUAUGUCGAAAAGCCCGCAAGCGGUGCCAAAUCCCAGUUCGAGCCGGGCCAUAAAAUCCCGAUCCAACAUUUGACCAAGCCGGGCCUGGAAUCGGACAUGGCGGAUCCAAAACCCGUCUUUGACCAAAUUCCCACCGAGGACGGUGGCUAUCAGCUAUAUAAGGCAGCCGGUAAGCUGCAAGGUAAGAAGGCUAUUAUUACCGGCGGUGACUCUGGAAUUGGGCGAGCUACGGCGAUUCUCUAUGCGAUGGAGGGGGCUUCAAGCUUGAUCGUCUAUUUGCCGGAGGAGGAAUCAGACGCCAAGGAAACUAAAAAGAAGGUGGAGGAGCACGGAGCAAAGUGCCAUUGUCUGGCGAUUGACUUGCGGAAGCGAGAGAAUUGCAAGAAGGUGAUUGAUACUGCUCUGCAGACUAUGGGAGGCAUUGAUAUCCUGGUCAAUAAUGCGGCCUUCCAGCAUAUGCUGAGUGACAUCAGCGAGCUGGAUGAGGAUCAGUGGGAGCGAACCUUCGACACGAACAUCCAUCCAUUCUUCUACCUCUCGAAGUAUGCUUUACCUCACAUGAAACGAGGAUCCACCAUCAUCAACUGUGCAUCUGUCAACCCAUACAUCGGCCGUGGCGAUCUGCUCGACUACACGUCGACCAAGGGAGCCAUCGUGGCAUUCACACGAGCCCUGUCAAACCAGCAGAUCAAGAAUGGUAUUCGCGUCAAUUGCAUUUGCCCAGGUCCUAUCUGGACCCCGCUUAUUCCAUCAACCAUGCAAACUAGUGCCAUGGAGCAGUUUCACACUGUUCCGAUGGGACGGCCGGGACAGCCAAGUGAAGUGGCAACAUGCUUCGUGUUCCUUGCGAGCCAGGAUAGCAGCUAUAUUGCGGGCCAGUGUCUUCAUCCAAACGGUGGAAUCAUUGUGAAUGGCUGA